AGAAUCCAUCAAACUCUUCAAUGCGACUCCUUUUUUUAUUCAUUUUAAUUUGCUAUUUAUAAGAAGAAACAGGAGAUGAGAGUGUCACUUCAUUUUGAACUAGAGUGAAAGUGUGUGUGUGUGUGUGAAGGUAGGGUUUUAGAAACUCAUCUAACAGCAUGUUCAAGCUUUUGGUUAGCAGAGCAACUAAGGAUUCAAUUUCACGCAGCCACAAUGCCUUUGCAACUUUUGCUUUCUCUAGGUUUGCUCAUUCAUUAUCCUUUGCCACUAUUGAAGCAGAAGAGAUAUCAGGCUCUAAGCCUGCUGAAGUUUUGAACUUGGUGCAAGGUAAAUGGUUAGGAUCUUCAAACUGUAAUACAGUUGUAGAUCCUUUAAAUGGAGACUCGUUCAUUAAAGUUUCUGAAAUUGAUGAAACAGGCAUUCAGCCUUUUGUGGAAAGCUUGUCCAGCUGUCCCAAACAUGGUGUGCACAAUCCUUUUAAGGCACCAGAGAGAUAUCUCAUGUUGGGAGACGUAUCUACUAAAGCAGCUCACAUGCUAUCACUUCCUAAGGUUUCGGAUUUCUUUACAAGGUUAAUACAAAGAGUUUCUCCAAAGAGUUACCAGCAGGCUUUUGCGGAAGUCUAUGUGACACAAAAGUUUCUAGAGAACUUUUGUGGAGAUCAGGUUCGUUUCCUGGCAAGGUCUUUUGGUGUACCUGGAAAUCAUCUUGGACAACAAAGUCAUGGUUUCCGUUGGCCAUAUGGUCCCGUAGCAAUUAUUACUCCUUUUAAUUUUCCCUUAGAGAUUCCAGUCCUUCAAUUGAUGGGUGCACUAUAUAUGGGCAACAAGCCAGUCCUUAAAGUUGAUAGCAAGGUGAGCAUUGUUAUGGAACAAAUGUUGCGCCUGCUUCAUGCAUGUGGCUUACCUGUGGAAGAUGUGGACUUCAUAAAUUCUGAUGGGAAGACAAUGAACAAGCUCUUGAUGGAGGCAAAUCCACGAAUGACCCUUUUUACUGGUAGUUCAAGAGUGGCAGAGAAGUUGGCCCUUGAUUUGAAGGGCCGUGUUAAAUUGGAAGAUGCUGGAUUUGACUGGAAGAUACUGGGCCCUGAUGUUCAGCAGGAAGAUUACAUAGCGUGGGUCUGUGAUCAGGAUGCAUAUGCAUGCAGUGGUCAGAAAUGCUCGGCACAAUCAUUGUUAUUUAUGCAUGAGAACUGGUCUAAAACUUCUUUGCUAUCUAAGUUGAAAGAUCUUGCUCAGAGAAGAAAGCUAGAAGACUUGACAAUCGGCCCAGUCCUAACAGUUACGACUGAUACAAUGCUUGAACACACGAAUAAAUUGCUUGAGAUACCAGGAUCAAAGCUGCUCUUUGGGGGUAGUCCUUUAGAGAACCAUUCAAUUCCGUCUAUUUAUGGUGCUAUUAAACCAACAGCUGUUUAUGUCCCUCUUGAGGAAAUUAUGAAGGAUAGGAAUUUUGAGCUUGUGACAAAAGAAAUAUUUGGACCCUUUCAGGUUAUUACUGACUACAAGAACAGUCAACUAUCAGUUGUGUUGGAUGCUGUGGAAAGGAUGCAUAACCAUUUAACAGCUGCUGUAGUUUCCAGUGAUCCUUUAUUUUUACAGGAAGUGAUUGGCAACACAGUAAAUGGUACAACUUAUGCUGGUCUAAGAGCAAGGACAACCGGUGCUCCUCAGAAUCAUUGGUUUGGACCUGCUGGAGACGCUAGAGGUGCAGGAAUUGGAACACCGGAGGCUAUAAAACUUGUUUGGUCUUGUCACAGAGAAAUAAUAUAUGAUGUUGGGCCAGUGCCAAAGGAUUGGAAAAUUCCUCCAUCCACUUGAAAAGGAAGUCCUAUGUUGGAAUAAUGAGAUUAGGAAUGUAGAAGGGGAGGAAGUAUGUUAGCAUGUAGGGUAUUUCAAAGUCCAUCUUUGAUGUUUUUAGAUUUUAAUAAAUUUAUGGAAAAGUAAAACAGAUUAGAACGCUUGUGAUGAUGAUCGAAUGUAAGUCUUCGCCUAAUCACUAGGCCAGCCUAAUCACUAGGCCACCCUAGUGCUUUUAUGGAAAUUGAGUUUUGAUUACCCUUUUCUAUAACUAAA